AUGCGUCUGGCAUAUGCACAAGAGGCCAACCAAUCCAUUGCCUCCGAAUUCAUCUUCAAGGCAUUCUCCACCAUUCCUGAGAUACAACAUCUUCUCUUCACAUUCUUCCUUCUGCUCUAUCUCUCCAUUAUCUUUGGUAACGUGGCCAUCAUUUGGGUAGUCUCCACUAACCAGUCCCUCCACACCCCCAUGUAUUUUUUCUUGGGCAACCUCUCUUUUCUAGAGAUCUGUUAUACCACUGUGGUAGUGCCUCAAUUGCUCACCAGUGUUUUAGAUGUCCACAGAACAAUCCCCAUUAUAAAUUGUGCCCUCCAGAUGUUUUUCUUUACCUCACUGGGUAGCACUGAUUGCUUCAUGUUGGCUGUCAUGGCAUAUGAUCGUUAUGUGGCUAUCUGUCAUCCGCUCCAUUACACUCUGAUAAUGACUUGGAAGAUGUGUGCAAGAUUGGUUGCUGGCUGCCUAGUGCUGUCCCUUGUACUAUGCCUGGAGCUUACUCUUAUGGUUUUUACCUUGCCAUUUUGUGGUUACCAGCCUCAAAUCAACCAUUUCCUCUGUGAUGUGCCUCCUGUGUUGCGACUGGCAUGUGCUAACACUCAUCUCCACCAGACUAUGCUAUAUACUGUUGGAAUUAUGGUUCUGGCUAUUCCCUUCCUUCUGAUAUGCAUAUCCUACAUUUAUAUUGUUGCUGCCAUCUUGAAGAUCCAUACCACAUCUGGUCGGUAUCAGGCCUUCUCCACCUGUUCCUCCCACUUGACGGUGGUUAUCCUGCAGUAUGGCUGCUGCAGUCUUGUCUACUUACGUCCCAGGUCAAGUUCUUCAGAGGACGAUGACCGAAAAAUUGCUAUUAUAUACACUUUUGUUACUCCACUACUAAACCCCCUCAUCUAUAGCCUGAGGAACAAGGAUAUCAAACAGGCUCUGAAGAAUGUUGUGAAGAAGACAGUGACUCUUAGGCACAUGAACAUCUGA